CCACUGGCGCCACCUCCGCCGCGUCGGCGCCGUCGAGAUCCUCUCCGCGGGCCGGCUCAACGAAUUGGCCGGCAUCCGGAGGGACGAAGUUAGGAGCCUCAUCCUCAUGACCUGAUGUUCAACAUCAUGAUGACGAUGAUCGCCGGGAAAAGCUACGAUGGACCGGCGCCCGGCGGCCAGGAACAAUUUAAGGAGAUGAUGGUGGAGGUUCUGGCCUGUGCUGGGGCUUCUAGCAAUGCCGAUUUCCUGCCGGUCUUGAAUUGGCUUGAUGGUGGAAGGUAUGAGAGGAAGCUGGCCGGACUUUCCAAGAGACUGGAUGGGCUCAUGCAGAGGUUGAUCGAUGAAAGUCGAUUCUCCAAUAACAAUGGCGGCGACACAACAAUGGUUGAUCAUCUCCUCUCCUUGCAGCAAUCCCAGCCGGAGUACUACUCCGACAAAAUCAUCAAAGGCCUUCUUCCCAUUCUGACGUUAGAAUGGGCAAUGUCGAACCUGCUCAACCAUCCGGAGAUACUGAAGAAAGCGAGGGACGAGAUCGAUACCCAAGUCGGGGAAGGUCGAAUGGUGGAAGAACUGGACCUCCCUAAGUUGCAGUACCUGCAGAACACAAUCUCGGAAACCUUGCGAUUGUACCCGCCAAGACCGCUUCUGAUUCCUCGCACCUCGUCUCGAGAUUUCACCCUUGGUGGCUACCACGUGCCGCGGAACACAAUGCUGUUGGUGAAUGCUUGGGCCAUUCACAGGGAUCCUCAGGUUUGGGACGACGCAACGAGUUUCAAGCCGGAGAGGUUUGAGAUUAGUGGUGAUGGAGAAGCUGAGGCUGGAGAUCGUAGUAGUAGUCGUCGUCCUAAGCCCAUUCCGUUCGGAAUAGGUCGAAGGGCUUGCCCCGGGGAGGGUCUGGCUCGACGACUCGUCGGGUUGACUCUGGCAUCUCUGAUCCAGUGUUUUGAGUGGAAAAAGGUGGUUGAGGAGGAAGAUAUUGACAUGGCAGAAGGCCCUGGGAUUACCAUGCCAAAGCUGAUCCCUCUGCAGCUCAACUGCAAGCCUCAUCGUAUGGUCAGCGACAUGGUUAUUGCGUAGAAGUUUGUCAAGCUUUGUAUUUCAUGGUUUUAACUCCAGCUGGUUUGAGUUUCCUAGAGUAUUUUCUUUCAUAGUUUCAUCGAGUUUACAUACCAAAAUAUCCAUGUUAUACAAGGGUUCCAAGUGUUUAAUCAUUCAGCUUGCAAAUGUCCACAAACUUCUGAACUGCAUUGUGGUAUUGGGUUCCCUGCAAUUGGAACCAACAUCGCAGUUUCAGCUCAAACAUUUGAAGAUUACAUGAAAAAUAGAAACAGCAAAGGACAUACAAAGAAGAGGAAGAGGAAGAGGAAGAAGUAGCAGAAGUACCUCCCAAUAGAGUUGGUUGCAUUCC